GCCAUUUAGCAAGUGACUGAUACUUUCCUUCCUCCAAUGAUUGCCUGUAAAUGUUUUGAUUGAUUUUUAAGAUAUUGAGUUUGGUUUUUAAAUGUUGGGAGCGAGUCCAAGCUCUGCCAUCACCCCCAUUUUCUGAUCAGCACUGCGGGCGCAGCUCCUCCUGAUGUCACCUCCAGUUCUCUGAUGGGUCAGGUUCCAAAAAGUGUUGUGAAGUCAUCCCUUGGUCUGUGCAUCCGGCCAGCCCAAGCUCCAGCCACUUGACGAGUCGUUUCCAGGGUUUCUGUCUGAGGUGUUCCUGCCUCCUUCAGUUUCAGGCUCCAGUCACCCAGCCCUCAGUGGUUCAGUCUGCCCAGUCUCCAGUCAACCAGGCUCCAGUUGUCCAAUCCUCAGGGAUCCAGUCUUCAGGGCCCCCAGAAAAAGCCGUCUCCUGUGCCCCAGACAUCGCUGUCUCCUGUGCCCCAUGCAGAUUCAGGUGUUUGCACAUGGAGCAGGUUCUCAGAAAAGUACAGAGAUCAGUACUUUAACAUGUACUCUAUUGAGAUCUGCCUUCAAUGUGGAGACCAAUACAAACACUGCCCCAGAGGAUAGGUUGGCAGAGGAAAAAGAGGAGAACUAAGGGCACUUUACCCGGAGGAGAUGCUCCCAGGCUACUGCAGCCACUUUUGCAGCCAAAUGAACAAUUAAUGUGUCCGCUCUGUCGCCGCCCCCGUCUCCACACACAACCACACGCACGCACACACGCACGCAUGCACACACACGUCUGUUUGAGGACCCUCCAUUGACUUCCAUUCAUUUUUGUGAUUUCACCAUGCCUAACCCAUACCCCAACCCUAACCAUAACCAACGCUGAUCUUUUCCUAACCUUAACUAAAACUUAAUUCACACUAUGCCUCUAAGUGGUAUAGUAAGCUUCUAGUAUGCUUCUAAAAAAAGUGAGGACCAAAAAAUGUCCUCACUUUGUAGGGAAAAUGGUCCUCAGUAUGUAGUAUGUACAAGAACACACACACACCACCCUGGUUGUAGUGACCAGGUUCCCCAUCAGUGGUUCUCCCACAUCUUGGUUUGUGUUUUGAUGCCUGUUUUUUUUGUGAGAGUUUUUGAUCAUUCUUCUUGGAGUACUAUAGCAAAAACUGUAAUGCUCUGUUUGAGAAAGUGAAUCUGUUGGGCUUGUACCUGGUACUCAGUACCACACUGCCAGAAAGGACACGCUGAAAAUAAAAAGCUUUUUAUUUCCAUCAAUAUAUGUCUCCUUAUUCAAAUAAUCUGGGUUGUAACCAUCCUCUCAAUCCUUUUUCUGUUGUUCAUGCUCUUGUAAUCUGUUGUUUGUGUUCCGCAUUAUUACAGUAAACCUGUGGAAAUUAUAAAGUGGUCCUGUUAUUUUAUAUGGAUAUAAACAUGAGUGUAGUUAAAUCUGUAUUUAACAAAUGUUUAACCUAUGAAUACCAUGAUAAACUAUUUUGCAACAUUGUGAAAAUUAUCACUAUGGUAUUACAAAGAAUUAAGUUAUUUCAAGACAAAGUGGCAAACUAAGAAAUCUAACACAAAAGUAGAAAGUAAACAAAUUUUAGGUGAUGAGCCAAAUUGGCUUUUGUGCAAGAAUAUAUUACAUUUCAUAUUGGAAAACAUUCAUAGGACAUGUAGUGCAAAUUAAGAAUAUCUGCUGUAUCACAAUGACACAUUUUCAGCUUUUAAAUGAAAAUAUAACCUAUUGAGUGGAGAAAAACAAACAAACGUAAUAGGUUACCUGAAGACUAAUCAGCUAGUGUUUACUGACAAUUUACAGUGGACAUUAUCAACAGAACAUCAAGAUAAUUCCAAUCAAUCAUCUCCACACAUACAAGCAUAAACACACUAAAUCAAAUUUAACACGCAUAUAAAAACACGAUUUGUAACAACGCAAAUUCAGUUCUAUUUCGUCUAGUCUUAGCCCUUAAGCUAGCUGCUAUUGGAAGGAUGAUCUCCGCAUCAGCCAAUCAUGAAGAGCUUAAAUGUACGCCCACCAAUAGUGGGCCCCCUCGUGGUAUAUAACCGCAGUGACCCCACUGCUCACCUCCUUUUUCUCUUCAUGCCAAGCUUGAGAGCUUUAUUAAAGAGCAAAUAUUAUCUCAAAAGAGCAAAUUAUCCGAAGACGACUUACCAGCCAUGUCCAGCGACACCAGACCCUGCCCGACCUGCCAGACGGGCUCCAUUUCCAGCGGCGACCUGCACGCUAAGUGUGAGGUCUGUCUCGGGGCUCACCACGCUGGCCUGGCCUUGACCCCGCAGGCCUCGUGCCCGUUCUGUGCCGCUCUGCCCGUGGCGGAGAAGAUUCGCCGGGUCGAGUACUUCACUCCCGCCGCCGACGAAGAAUUUCCGGUGGCUGACUCCUACCCGCUGGACAAGGCUUUGGUUUUCUUCGAUGCCGGUCAGGAGCCGGCUGGCUUCAACCGGCUGGAUGACGUCACUGACAGCGAAAACUACGAUGAGGCGGCGUCCCUCCUAGACAUAACGGAGGUCGACGAGCUUCGCUCAGCGGGUCCUUCUGCCCCAGUGGCUUCUCGCUCCUCCCUGCCAGCAGUAAGAGCACUGCUCCAGGAGCUGCCCGCCAUCAUUUCUGCGGCAGCAGCCCGCAAGGGGCUAGCUGUGCCAGAACCGGCCCUGCCUGAAGCGGAUGAUUUGGCGGGAAUUUUCGGGGCAACUCAGACACGCUGUCCAGACCCUGUCUGGCCGCGCUUCCCCGCUGCUAUGAGCUGCUGGUCUGCCGCCUUCUCCGAGCCUGCCAAGCUCAAGGCGCCAGUCUCCACAUAUGCGCCCAUCACCAAGGUCGAGGGGUUUUCCGACCAAGGCUAGCC